AUGGAUACUGCUGAGCUACGGCCGUAUUACAACGAGGAUACGUUUGACGCUGGGUACCUGGUGAAGUUCAACCCGCAGAAAGGUGUUGUAGACUCAAAUGGGUUCAAUAUUGCGUCGAAGUUGAGCAUUGUCAAGAACAGCAAUUCUUCGGCCAAGAACCUGGAUCCCGCGACGCUGUUUACCACUAGGUCUAACAGUAAAGGGAGUCUGUUCAAUUUCUCGCUCAAUUUCGGGUCCAGGGCCAAGGCAUUGAAGGGCUCGAGUGGGUCCCUGGACAGUCUGGUGAAGGAGUUCGAAUGGGUGGACCUGCUGAACGUUAACAAAUGGAUAGCAGUGGUGUCGCAGCUCAUGGAGCUGUUUGUCAGGAAGUACUUCCAAUUGUUGAUUCAGCAGCCUUUCGAAGUGUCGCGGCUGUUACAGCAGGUGGGGCAAUUCAACGGUGAGUCGGUAUCGCACACAGAAGAGCAGAAGAAAGCGCGUCAUAGCGGGAUAAUACUCUCAGACCUGGACAACGAGGACGAGAUCAACUACUUCCCUUCCACUAGCACGCCAGAUUUAUUAAGGGAUGGCACGGACAAUGAUGAACGUGACGAUGGCGAAGACCAAUACACAGGCCAAGGUCAGACUGAUUCUGUGGCAUCCAUAGAGGAAACCCACAUAAGAUGCUUGACACCAGAGAGGUCUAUCAACCCUGAAUCAAAGCAUACCCUAGAUAUAAUGAACUCCAUCCUGGAUGAAGAAGGUAUUAAAGGGUUGUGGAAGGCCAAUAACACAAACUUCAUCUAUCAGAUUCUAUCAUCCACCUUGGAAGCUUGGUACACUGGUCUGAUAUCGCCUUUGCUACAUAUACCAGAUCCGUACUUCAUUGACUUGAUCCACUUCCCUGAUACACAGUCGGCUGUGCUUCUCACUUUGUCAGUUGGUGUACUUACGGCCCUCACAUUAAUACCAAUAGAUUUAAUAAGGACAAGAUUUAUAGUAACGGCACUCUAUGGGACCGACACUGAGGUCUCAGAGGAGGCAAGUGAAGGUGCUGCUAAUAAAAAACAUGACUCUCGGAGUUUGAGGCAUUGGAUCAGAAGCUGGUCAUGGCGUCAUGACGCCUUGAAGCUACCUUCAGAUAUGUGGCUGCUCACAAUGUUGCAAUCAGUAUCAAACGUCUCGUUCAAUAAGUUGAUUGAUCUAGUCAUAUACCAUAAAUUUCACGUUGACAAGUAUUCUCAAAUGACAACAUAUAACACCAUGAAAGUGUUAGCGAGAAUUGCUGAACUUUUUGUGAAAUUACCAAUCGAAUGCCUCUUGAGGAGAUGUCAACUGGAUUUCCUAGUAUACAAGAACAGUUCUCUGAGAAUAGAAGAUACUAGACAACUGAUAAUAUCUCCUGUUAAAUAUCAAGGUGUAUGGAAAUCAAUCAGAGAUAAAUCGGAAUAUAGCUCCCUUUGGAACGGAUGGCGUGUCGGAUUUAUGAGCAUAGUGUGCAGUUACGGAGUCAAGCUAUUGAACAAGUUCCCCGAACAUACUGAACAGGAGAAGUUUUAG